UGUUUCUUUAGUAUAUUUACUAAUAAAAAUAUUUAUUUAACCUAGUAUUGCUUGACUACACUUAUCAGAGGUGUUCUUUCACUGAGAAUAAUUAUUCACUAUCUAAUCACAUUUUACUCAUAUAUGCUACUUAUUCUACUGCUGCACUCUAAAUACAUGUUGUGCUUGAAGUGACAGGACAAUUAAUAUAUACUGGUUAUAAAGUCUGUGAAAAAAAUUUAAUAUGACGGAGUAUUGGAAGUCACAAGCUAGGAAAUACUGUGAAUUUUGCAAGUGUUGGUAUGCUGAUAAUAAAGUUUCAAUAUCUUUUCACGAGAAUGGAAAACGACAUAAAGAAAGCAUUCAGAAACAUAUAUCCCAGCUCAGUAAGAAGAGUGCAAAAGAAUUCAAACAAAAAGAAAAAAUGGAUGAUGAUAUUAAGAAAAUGGAGAGUGCUGCAAUGGCAGCAUAUCUUAAAGACGUACAAAACAAUGCUGACCUCACAUCACAGAGCAUAAAUGAAAUGUUAGGUGAUAAUAAAGAGUUGCAAGUGGGUACAACCUCUACAACACCUGCAAAGAAAAGUCCACCCGUCUGGCACGAAGUCAAAGGCGAUGAUGACAGUUCUUAUUUCUGGAAUACUAGCACAAAUGAAACAACUUGGGACCCGCCUGAUGAAUAUCUAUCUCUUGCUCAACAAGAAGAAAACAAAUUGAAACAGACAAAAGAAGAGAAAACAAAAGAAAAAGUGAAAAAACAGAAGCAAAAAGAAGCCGUUAAAGAAGCUAAAGCUCACAUGGCACGGGAAAAAAUGAAAGAGUUAGCUGUAAAUAAAGAUGAACCUCCCUCGGCCAAGCCUGUGGACUACGGGCCGGCACCUCGCGCUGUCAAGCCCUAUGGUUCCUGGACGCCUGUCAUUAACGAGCCUGUUGAGGCAGUAGACCUUCAAUUGCCAAAACCAGAGAAGCAGACACCCCCACCGCCUGUGGUGAUGGAACCAGAAGUAAUCAAAUUCAAGGAAAAACGCGUCGAGUCACUUGGUGAUGGUCCAGUCGAAUUCAAAAAACGGAAAUUUAAUACUGCCAAGCGAAAUAUGCGCCAGAAAAUCGAUGAUGAUUGAAAUUAGUAUUUUUUAUACUGAAAUAAAUUAUAUUUUUAAAUA